UCCAAUAAGUACGAUUCGAUCGCUGGAACAGCUUAAACGCGAACUGUAAUAGAACAAGUGUUGGCUCUUUAUAAAAUGCUAGUCAAGUUGUGCACUAUCCUUUUGGCCAUUGGCCUAAGUCAGGCCGUGGCGUAUCCGCCCCUGCAACUUAAUAAUCCGCACCAGAACCUGGUGCAGUUCCUGAUACAAUCACGUGAUCUCGGCAACGAUGAAUCACAUACCUUUGAUUGCAUGAAUUAUUAUCUUCCCCUGCUUAACGAAGUUGUGGAGACCUACAGGGCUGAUGUAAACGCGUGUGUGAAUAAAGCUAUUGAAGAGGUGGCACAGAUCAACGACAACACCAAGGAAGAACGAAAUGACAUUGAUAACUCCGCCAAGACUUCCUGCAAUGCCCUUACCGCAUGUAGUGCAAUAGAAUCUGCCAUAGAUUACUUCAGCUGCUACAGUGAAGCCGGUGCCAACAAUACCAAAACCAUGUUCACCAUCUCCGCUAACGCUUCGGAGCUGCUAGCUGCUGUGCAGGAGGAAGUGCGUCUCAUCAAGGUGAAGGAAGAGGUGUGCACCAACAAGACCCAGAGGGCCUAUGGAGAAGCAUACGGCCAGCUCUACGCGGAUUUGGGUGAUUGCAUUGCUGGCGCUCCAAUUCCAUCGGAAUCCACAAGCACCCAGGCCUCUUCUACGGAUUCCUCGACUGAUUCGAGCUCCGCUUCCACCGAAUCCUCUACUGAUUCGUCCUCCGCUUCCACCGAUUCCUCGACUGAUUCCUCAUCCGCUUCCACCGAAUCCUCUACUGAUUCGUCCUCCGUUUCCACCGAAUCUUCUACCGAUUCCUCGACUGAUUCGUCAUCCGCUUCCACCGAAUCCUCUACUGAUUCGUCCUCCGCUUCCACCGAAUCUUCUACCGAUUCGUCCUCCGUCUCCACUGAAUCCUCCACGGAUUCCUCGACUGAUUCUUCCUCCGUGUCAACCGAAUCCUCCACUGAUUCGUCGACAGACUCCUCCUCCGCUUCCACCGAAUCCUCUACUGAUUCCUCAUCUGUUUCCACGGAAUCCACAACAAGUAGUGGUGAAAAGGAAGCGCCGCCUGAGGAGGACUUGAAAUCCCUCUCCUCUCAGAACAGCAAUGACCUCCAGAAGAUUCUAAAGAAUCUACGGGCUUGGUUCAAAAAUCACUAAGCGAUCUUGUUAAUUUUAAAUAACAGUAUAAACGAAUAAAACUUAAAUAAAUAUUAAA